AUGUUACCUAAAAAACAUUUGUCGGGAUCUCAAAAAAGAAAACGGAAAAGAGUAGAAGAUCAAUUUAUUGAAUCUCAAAAAGGUGCUAUACAUAAGUUUUUUUCAGCUUCAAGGAGUGUUGUGCCUGAUGAUAAUCCUGUAGAUGCACUUGAUAUUGAAGGACAAGGGCAGCAACAGCAACAAGUUAAUGAUAAUUUAAGUGAACAAGUUGAUGACAUUGAUGAAGCUACAAAGAAUGAAAAUUUACAGCCUUCCUCUCAACCUGAAAAUUCAAUUGAUGAUGUGCAAGAAGCUUCUAUUCAUGAUGUCUUUGAUCCUAGAAUUUGGGAAAAUCUUGAUAAUAAGGGUAGAGAUAUAUUGAUUGUAAAGGGGCCGGUGAGAGAAUUGAAUCUUGAGUUCCCUGUAGAUGCUCUUAAUAGACAUUUUUCAUAUACUUACUACUCCAGAAAGUUAAGCAAUGUUGAGGUGGUUGAUAGAAAAUGGUUGGUUUACUCUAAAUAUGUGGACAAAGUUUUUUGUUUUUGCUGCAAAUUGUUCAAAUCAAGUCAGAGCAAAAGUUUGCUAGCACAUGAUGGAUUGAGGGAUUGGAAACAUCUUAGUCUUAGACUUAAGCAACAUGAGAACAGUGCUGAGCAUAUAACAAACAUGAAUACUUGGAAUGAAGUUAGGCUAAGAUUGAGCAAAAAUAAAAUGAUUGAUGAUGAUUUGCAACGAGAAAUUGCAAAGGAGAGAGAGCGUUGGAGACAAGUUUUAGUAAGAAUUGUUUCUGCUAUCAAGUUUCUUGCUAAACAUAAUUUGGCUUUUCGAGGGAAAAAUGAGAAACGAUAUCAAGAUAGCAAUGGUAACUUUCUGGGCACAGUUGAAAUGAUGGGUGAAUUUGAUCCCGUGAUGCAAGACCAUAUUAGGCAGAUUCAAAAUAAUGAGAUUCAUCAUCAUUAUCUUGGGCAUAAAAUUCAGAAUAAGAUGAUUUCUCUUCUUGCAGAUUGUGUGAAAAAAACUAUACUAAAGAUCAUCAAAGAUGUAAAGUAUUUUUCUGUGAUUUUAGAUUGUACUCCAGAUGUGAGCCAUGAAGAACAAAUGACUCUAAUUAUUCGGUGUGUCAAUAUGUCGAGGAAUGUUCCAAGGGUAGAGGAGUUCUUCCUAGAGUUUUUGAAGGUAGAUGACACAUCAGGAUUGGGUCUUUUUAAUGAAUUAAAGAAUGUAUUGGCCACCCUUGAUUUAAAUAUUGAUGAUGUGAGAGGACAAAGCUAUGAUAAUGGUUCAAAUAUGAAGGGUUCUCACCAAGGUGUUCAGAAGCGCUUGCUUGAAAUUAAUCGAAAAGCACUAUACAUGCCGUGUGCAUGUCGUAGUCUGAAUCUUACUCUUUGUGAUAUGGGAAAAUCUUGCGGGUAA